UUUGUAUUUCACUACUCACGGAGGGUGAAAGACGUCUCCUCAGGUCACAUACCAACAUGUCACCGAUCAAAGAGCUGUCUUUGACUUACGAUCCUGUUAAUGAGUGUAACACGUUCACAAAUGGCGAUGUUAUUAAUGGGCAAGUCUUUUUCGAAGUGACUAAAGAAGUUAAGAUUGAGAGCCUUUAUAUAAAGUGUAAAGGGGAGGCGCAUGUCAGCUGGAGCGAGCGGAGCAAUGAUAAUAAUCACACUUACAGUGCUUAUGAGAGAUACUUCAAACUCAAACAGUACUUCAUACAGGACUCCUCAAAGAAAGGAAAUGAGGAGCCUGGUGUUAUAUUAACAUGUGGAGAGAUCUACGGCAAUCUGGUUAAGCCUGGACGUCAUGUUUAUCCAUUUAGAUUUCAGCUGCCCCAUGGAAAUUUUCCAGCAUCAUUUCAGGCAUUUCAUGGCUGGGUAAAAUACACUCUAGAAGUCACACUGGACCGUUCCUGGAAAUUCGACAAAAAUGACAAAAAAGAAAUCACAUUUGUUCCAAGGAUGUGUGGUGUUAAUUUAAUGAACCCACAGAGUGGAUUUAUUGACAAAAAGAUGAAACUUUUCACCUCUGGAAACAUCUCAGUAAAAUCAACAAUUAACAAAAUGGGUUAUAUGAAAGGUGACAUCAUUAAGGUUUCCAGUGAAAUCAAUAAUUCUUCAUCCCGUGAUCUUAAGCUGAAGUACAAACUCGAACAAAUACAGGCUUGCUAUGCACAAGGUCACUCGAAGAUUUUUCACCAGACUAUUUUCAAAAAUGUGGGGGAUCCCGUCUCAUCAGGAUCAAAGCAAAUAGUCAGCUCAGACCUGACGCUUCCAACAGAUUUGGCGCUGAGUGUUAUAAACUGUAACAUUUUGAAAGUGGACUAUGUAUUUAAGGUCUAUUUGGAUGUGCCCUAUGCUAGUGACCCAGAGAUCAAAUUUCCAGUGAUUAUUCUACCUGCAGGCCAGAUUUUUGCUCCAGGGCCAGUUCAGCCAGGUUUUCAACCUGGUGGGAACCCAGAAGCACCAGGAUGGAACCAAAUUCCACCCCAGCCUGUACCCUGGCCCAAUGCUCCAGCUGCUCCCUUUGGACCAGCUCCAGCUGCUCCCUUUGGACCAGCUCCAGCUGCUCCCUUUGGACCAGCUUCAGCUGCUCCCUUUGGACCAGCUCCAGCUGUUCCCUUUGGACCAGCUCCAGCUGCUCCCAUUGGACCAGCUCCAGCAAUUUACCCCAGUCCAUAUCCUUCACCAGUGUGUCCAAGUUCACAACAUCCUCCUCCUUCCUAUGAAGCCCUCUAUCCAAACCCAAACUCAACAGCCCCACAAUUCAAUGGCACUGCAUCAGCUCCACCAUAUAAUUCUCAGUGCCCUCCUAUGAAUUAUCCAAAUCCACCCUUCCCUCAACAACAUCCAGUACCUAGCGCCCCACAGUUCAAUCCAGGGAUUGCUGGCCCGUGUCACGUUCUACCAGGAGCGCCCUUAGAGUACUGGCCAAAUCCAACCCCACCACCAGAGGCUGAUCCAACUAAAUCCCCUGAGAAACAUGAAUAAUCUGGAAGAGUAAUAAGAAAUCAUGAUAUUGAUGAUUAUAGUGCAAGGACAUAUGAGGAUGCUAAAGUUGGUGAAAUUGUGUGUACCUUUAUUAUUUCAUUAUUUUUGUAGCUUGUAGCAGCAGCACCCUUAGUGCCGCCACUGCCUGCAUCCUUGUUAUGGUGUAUACACUGUAUAUAUACUGUAUAUAUGCAUGCAUGACCUUGCAAAGCUGAUUUUAUUUAUACACACACACACACACACACACUCACACACACAUACUACCUCGCCAAAAAAAAAAGCUGCACAGUCCAAAUUUUCAUUGACCACCUUUAGCUUUUAUUAUGUUACACAGUGAGGUGGCAAGUUCAUGUGUGAAAAUGAUUCUCAUAUAUAGAUGCAUAUACUGUAAUAUUCUAGCAACAUAUUAAUGAGCGUUCAGACUACAUCCUAUGUUCUUGUUAACGAAUUUGUACUUGCAUAAAAAAAAAUAGUAAGAUGUAUAAAAAAUAUAUUCUUAAUACACUUUUUCCUUAUCUAUUAAAAUAAUACCUCAAGAUGCUUUUAGUUGGAUAAAUAUUGUGUGUAUUUUUGCGGCGAAUGUUAUCAUAUUGGUAACUUAAAAGUUUAGUGGAAUUGGCUCAGUGAUCAAAGUUUGUUAGUAAUUGAACAGCAAAAAAAAAACUUAGCUUCAUGUCGUUUAUAGGACUAAUAUGUAUGCAGUUGGAAAUAUAAAUAAAUGACAUCAAUAUUUCAACGAGUAUGCAUCCAGCAUUUAAUUUUCUUUGCAGUAAGUUGUUCUCUUUUUACUUUGUUACUUACAUUCCCACAAUGUGUAGGGGUUUCCAUUGUGAGGAAACCAAGCAAUGAGUAUGUUCUAUGUUAUAAGUGCACAGCUUUUGUGCAAGGUAAAGCUAACAGACCAAUAAACCAGAAAUCCUGUUUUGUAAUAUAACAGAAGACAUUGUAAAUAGAGAAGUGAUGUGGUGGUUUGCAAAAAAAAAAAAAAAACUUUUAUUUUUCUUGUAAUGGUAAAUUUUACCUUGGAUCUAAGCUUAAUACACAACUUUCUUGUAUUACUUUACCAUUUUUUGUUUGGCAUGUCCACCUCCAGACAUGUAAGUGGUUACACUACUGAUAAUACUAUUACAAUACAAACAACAUUUUUACAUAUUUCCAAAUUAUUGUAUAAACCUAAGCCAGUAAAACAAUAAUGGCUUUUCUGUUUUUAUGGGUUGGGUUGUUCAUGGCCAGUACUAUCACAGCAAACAGAAAAAGAAUUAAUUAUAUUAAUUAUUGUGGUGCCAUAAUUAUACCAUGUCAGUUAUAAAAACGCAAUGUAACUAUAAAUACAGAAAUGUAAUAAAAUUAAAAAGCUGUUUGUUAUA